CCUUGGGUGAGCCUUCGUGGCGGAAGAAUCGUUCCGCACCUGAUUUCGCAGCCUCGUUGUACCAGUGACCGAAAAUCCAAGAGGGUGGCUCGCCGCAACGAGAACAAAGCGACGUCGUCAUUAAUUAAUAGUCGGUGCGUCGCGACCUAACGACCGAGAGAGGACCCGAUGACAAUGCAACGCUCGGGACAACUGCAGUGAAAGAUGGUGGACAAAAAAGAGUUGAACAUAACGAAGGCGAGGACCCCGCCGCCGUUGAACCUCAGCGAGGCAAUCGAGGAUGAAGUACUGAACCAAAAGACUGCUAGAAUUCUUAAGAAUGAUCUUCUCCUACACGAGGCUGUGAUAAAGAACGAAGCGGACACCGUUCGCAAAGUACUUAAGGAGACUGUCGACGUAGAUUCCAGAAAUAACUAUGGCCGUGCUCCGAUUCACUGGGCUGCAUCCAGAGGAAACACGGAAAUUAUCGAAAUGUUGAUACAAGCCAAAUGCGAUAUCGAAGCGAAAGAUAAGUACGGAAUGCGCCCUUUACAUAUGGCCGCUCAACACGGACACCGAGACGCGGUGAAGAUGUUGAUAAACGCCGGAGCGAACGUAUCCGCGAUUAACAAGAAACAACACACCCUCUUAAUGUGUGGUGCUCGUGGCAGCAACGUAGGCGUGGUGGAAUACCUCGCGGAAGCUGUGGAAUCGUUAAACGGUGAAGCCGUCGACUGCACCGGUGCAACUGCGCUUCACCACGCAGCUGUUGCGGGGCAUCCCGCAGUUGUAACGGCGCUGUCUAACAUACCACGGAUCGUACUCGACGCGACGGACAAGAAGGGACAGACGCCGAUGCAUUGCGCCUGUGCCGAGGAGCACCUGGAGGCCGUCGAGGUCCUUAUAGGAUUAGGUGCGAACGUAGACGCCCAGGAUAACGACGGUAAUACCCCGCUUCACGUGGCCACCAGGACUAGACACACAGGGAUUGCGCAAUUGUUACUAAAGGCUCGAGCGAACACCGAGCUCACCGAUGCGGUGGGCUUCGCUCCCCUUCACGUUGCCGCGAGUCAGGGAUGCAAAGGAAUACUUGACUCUAUGAUUCAGCACGGGGCUGAUCUUAACAAGCAAUGCAAGAACGGCAAUACACCUUUGCAUCUGGCCUGCCAGAACAACGAAGUAGACACGGUAGAGAUAUUAAUUAACAAAGGCGUCGAUCUUAAUUGUUUAAAUUUGAGACUGCAAUCGCCUAUUCACAUCGCGGCCGAGAUGGGACAUACGGACAUCUGCGAAUUACUUCUUGCAGCAGGUGCAAAUAUCGAGCAGAAGGAACAGAGCGGCCGGACACCACUUUACAUAGCGGCGAGGGGCAGUUUCACGGCCAUCGUCGACAUGAUCAUUAAAACCGCGAGAUUGGAUUAUCCGACCCUGGAGAUUUCGAAUUCCGACAAGGAGGCUCGAGAAUUAACUCCAGCGCGAAAACGAUGGAGGGAAGGCUCGCGCGGUGGCAGCGUAUCCAGUAACAACGGCGGUCUGUCUGAGCAAGUGCGAUCCGUUCUCUGGAAGCUGGCCUACAAACAGUUGGCACCUGACGAUUGGAAGAAAUUAGCUCUCCACUGGGCCUUCACCCACGAUCAAAUCAGAGCCAUCGAGCAUCAGUAUACAGUGCACUUAGAGCAGCCUUAUGAAAAGGACGAUAAAGCUCCAAUUGUAGGUCCUUCGAGCUACAAAGAGCACGGAUUUCGAAUGUUACUCAUCUGGGCUUCCGGAUUAAAUCCCGACGUGCCAUUGGCGAAAGAGCUCUGCGAAGCUUUGUCAGCGGUAGACAAGAAAACGAUUGCAGAUUCCGUUCGCAAGCAGAUGGAUCAGGACAACAAGACGAAAUCGAAGGGCCGACGAUGUCACAAAUGCUCCAUCACGUGAAUAUCUACGAGUGCCAAACUCG